CGGAACAAUCAGUUCCGUAUAAAUUCUGAACAAUCAGUUCGACAGUUCCGUCUUCAGACAAAGAAAAGUUAUCACUUUUCUCUCUCGCUUUCGAUCACUCCCGCCGAUAGAAUCCGCCGGCGACUCAAACCCAAUCCACGGUGAUGUCUGGGAUCGAUAGGAUUAGCGAAUUGCCGGAAUCAUUGCUUACUCAAAUACUCUCUUUCCUUCCGACAAAACAAUCGGUGCAGACAAGUGUUUUGUCAACAAGAUGGAAGAAUCUGUAUCUAAACGUUCCCGGUCUUGACUUAAACUUAUCUGCCAUUCCUUAUGAUGCUGAUGAAAUGCUCUUAAGCUUCUUAAGCUUCAUUGACAAGCUUCUCGAGUCUAGCCCUGAGUCAAAGCUGUUUAAAGUCAAGGUUAAGUGCAGAGACACGAUGAUAGACGGGUUCAGGGAUCGGAUCGGUAUAAUGAUUAACCGGGGGACGCAGCAUCUCGAUGUUGAGAGUAGUACCUAUGAUAUAGAGGACGACUCUUUUCACCAUCCUUGUGUCGACUUCAUGCCUAUGAAUCUCUACACGAGCAAGACAUUGGUUUACUUGAAGCUCACGUCUUCUGGUCUUGAUGAUCCUGGUUUUGUUUUCAUGCCUUGUCUUAAAUUCAUGCAUCUCGAAGAGGUUAAAUGGCGCGUGCAUCUGGAGAAGCUUCUCUCAGGGUGUCCUGUCCUUGAGGAGCUGGCCUUGUUGAGAGAUCUGGAUGAUGAUUAUGCAGUUGCCUAUGAUGAAUUUACGGUUAUGCGUGCGAGGUCUCAGAGUUUGACGAGGUUCCGUGUGCUGCCGCUUAGGCAGGUUAGGGAUUGCAGGUCGAGAGUGUAUUGCACGCUUGACAUUGAUGAGAUCCGUGAUUUUCUCAAUGGGAUAUCGAGUGUUAGGCAUAUGAUCAUCUCUGCCAAAACAGUUAAGGCCCUUGAGUAUUACUCACAAGCAGAAAUGAUUCCCAAGUUCAACAACUUGUCCCGUUUACAAGCAAUGUUCCAUAGCAAUUUAUUGCAGUUUUUGCCAGCCUUUCUUGAGUAUUGCCCCAAUCUGAAACACCUAGUCUUGAAGGUUGUUCACUCAGAGGAGAUGAAGGAGGGAUUGGAACUCACAGAUGUGCCACGGUGUGUGUCAUCGACUCUUGAGUGUGUUGAGAUACAAGAAAAACUUGAAUUGGAGGAAGGGAAGAUGAAAGCAACAAGUUACUUUCUUGGAAAUUCAGCAGUGCUAAAGAAACUCAUUCUGAGCCCCACAGCUUAUGAUCCUCGAGAUGUUCUGGAAUCAGAAAUAUGGGAGAAGGUUAAUAAACUCACAAAACGUUCUACAGGAUGUGAAAUUAUCAUUCGAGCCAUGAAGGAGGUCGUUAUCAUUUGAUGAGUCUUCUUCUUAGUUCUGGUUGGAUUCAUUUUGACCAUUGGUGCUGAUACAAGUUCUUCAUGACUUGCGAAUCUUGUUUUCCUUUUUUUCUCUUUUGAAAGUCCCAAUCCCAGUUUCUUGGAUAUAUCUCUUAUAUAAAUGAUGAUUUUACAUUC